AUGGAGGAGCUGAUUGAGGUGCAGGCAGGGCACGGAGGCAACACCUUCAAAGACCCUUAUGGAGGCCUGGGCCCAUACCUGUUAGAAGACAGGUCCAUGGUAUCCACCUGCACCUGGCAGAAGUCAAAUGUCACCCCACAGAUGGAUGUAGAGCCCCAGGAGCUGCCCAGGGCUUGCAGCUCAACCAACGGCUGCACUGAAAAGGCAGCAGAGUGCUCUCAGCUCCUGCGCUCUGCCCUGUUGGCAGAGCAGAGCCCCGCCUCUGGAAACUCGACACCCUGGGACACUCCUGUAAAGGAGCUGGAGGAAAAGGGGGAGGAGGAAGAGGUGGCAGAAGCACAGGCUGCAGGAGAGUGGGACAGCGACCUGCAGAAUGUGUUUCUUUCCAUUCUGAAAGAGGCCAAGGAAGAGGAAGAAGUUUGUGCCCUGGCUGGAGAUCCCUUGGAAGAGGGCCACAGCAAGCUCCUCCUCACAUCAGAGUCUGAGGAAAGCUCAAACUUCUCAGCUUCUCCUUUGUCUGGAGUCCCUGAUGAGGAGAGAGCAGCUUGUUGGACAGCCAAGCACGCUGCACUUCAGAAGCAGCUGUGCAUGAGGCUACAAAUUAUGCGGAAAAAGAGAGAGGAGCUGGAGAAGCUGGUGGAAGAGGAGGUGUAUGCAGAGCUCUUUGGAGACAUCGUCUCUUCCAUGAGCAGUGAAGAAAGCCCCAUGACGUCCAGCUGUGACCUCAGGGAUGCAUCAAGUGCCAGCCUGGAACCAUCUGCAGACCCCUCGGUGCCACUCAGCCCUUGGAGCACCACCGAAGAUGCCACAGCAGAGACACAGAGCUACUCAGAGCUUGUGUCUUCUGAGCUGUCGACAGACUUGGGGUCUGACUCUGAGGAUUCGCUGUCCCUGGAAAUUCCUCUGAACGAGCUCCUGGAGAAGUGGGAGCACAAAGAAGCGGCAGGACAGCAAGACACAGAGGUAGAGAGCCCGUUGUCCAUCCCGCCGCAAGACGAAGAGUUCGAGCCAUCGCCUCCUCCUCCUGACAGUGACCUCAAUGACCAGGGGCACAGCGAGCCUCUCCCCGGGGCACUGGCCCAAGAGGCCAAGGGGUUUGCGGGUUGUGCCUCGCCUGCCGAUGUCAUGGACGAGGCCGAGGCAGCAGGCAUGGAGGCUGGCUGUGCCCAGGCCAACCCUCCCCAGGAAAGGCCCUGCAGGGAUGAGCCACCGGCAGGAGCUUGCCCGGUGCCUGUCCAGCCCCUGGCACACAGCGUUCCUGCUUGCCCCGCUGGCAGCGCAGCCGUCCCGCAGCCCCCGGCCCCACGGCCGUGGCGCUCCAUGGCCAAGAGGGCCCGGCGGGCUCUGCGCCGCCUUUUCUCCUUCAGCUGCCUCAGGGGGCAGCCAGAGGAGUGAGGCCCCGGCCAGCAGCAGGACGAUGGCCAAAGAUGCCGGCUCACCCUGGGGACACCCAGCUCCCAGGGGCAGCAGCAGGUCCCUGAGGGAACGGCACCAGGGAGAUGAAAUACAGGAUGCACGGAUGGGUGGAUGGUGGCCAUGGCAACCACUUGCCAAAGGGCAAUUAGGAUAAUGCCUCCCUGGCUACCUGCAACAUGGACUGGUCAAAGGUGUUUACUCCAGAUGAUUGACCUGGUGUCCUCAACUCUACAAGAAGCACUGGGACCCUAGUGCAGAGAAGCACAGGGAGGGGAAGGACUGAAGGGAUGCUGCUGUCAGCAAACAUCUUGGACUGUCUGCGGUCAGGCAUCUUCACGUCCCCACUCCAGCCGUGGUCUUCCCUACAACCUUCCAACCCCACUCUUCCUCUCCCUACGCCAUCCCUGAUUUUCUCCCUCUUUGCAUCUCACUUUCCUAUUUCCUACCCCUUUUUGUCUCUCUACCCCACAUUUAUGGUUAAAUAAAAUCCCAGUUGUUGAUGUUUGUAGAUGAUCUCCUGAGCACCUUAAUUCACACAGAGGCAUCUUUGACUAAUCACACCUUAAUGGGGGCAUGCUUCUGCACACAGCACUCGUGGUGUGGCCAAACCAGUGCUCAGCACAGAAGGACAAUAGAUGCCCUGGUCCUUCUGAACACACUAUGGCUGACACAGAUUACCAGGAUGCCAU